CCAUCUGAAGCUAAUUUUUUCAACAAGCCACUUGAGAACUACCAUUACAUGACUGUCAUAUUUGGGAAUCAUCAAGCAACUGGACUAUUUGCAAAAUGCACCAGUGAUCCCCUAGGUUUCGACACAUCUGAAAGUGCAGGUACAUAUGGUGUGGGUUAUUCUGGAGACUUGGCUGGUCAUGAGAGUAACAAUGCAAGUCCAACUCGUGAUAGUGGAGAAUCAUUGAACCCAAGUGGUCCAAUUCGUGAUGGUGGAGACUCAUCUACUCGAAGUGGUGCAAGAAGGAAGAGAGGGCACAUGAUAAUGGAAGAUGAGGAUCCAUUGAUAUGCACUGUCACUGAAGCUUUUAAGACUCUUUCAGAUGCAAUCAAGCAGUCAGCACCACAACCACGUCCGAUAAUCCCACCCAACCUAUGGACUAUGAUGAAACAGAUUCCUGUUUUUGAAAGAGAACAUAUAGCACACUACUAUGGCUACUUGUGUGAGAAUCCAGCCCUUGCUUAUGCCUUUCUAGAGAUGGGACUAGAUGAUCAAAUGGUAUGGGUGUCUAGGUACAUCAAGACUCAUCUUUCUGAUUGAUGCAUCAAAAAAGCAGAUUAGCCUAAAACUUGUGUCUGAAACUUUUUAGUUAUUUCUAUGAUGGAUGGAGUCUAUGAAACUUCUCUUUGAACAUUGAUAUGGAUGUUGGAUAACUUCUCAAUUUUAUUUGUAUGCUGGAUAAUGUUGAAUAUGUAUGUUGGAUAAAUUCUCAGUUUUUAAUAUAUGUUGGAUAAUGCUGGAUAAGUACUCGUGAAGAUACAAGUUUCAAUUUUCAGUUUUAUCUAUGUUAUAACUUUCAGUUUUUAUGUAUGUUGGAUAAAAAUGCAACCUUUUUGGUGUGGUGAGUGAAAGCAGAUUGAGCGUCGCUUGAUGACAUGCUUCUUCAAAACAAACAAAAAAUGGAUUCACCUGCUUCCUCAAAACAAACAAAAAAUGGAUUCACCUCAUUUCUCUAACCAAACAUAAAGAAAGAACCAUCCAAUCCUGUGAGGAAUGAAUCCAUUCCGGAUCGGCUGAUUCCGGAUGGAGCCAAUCCCCUAA